GGUGGGAGGAGGAGGUACCUGGGGCUGGGAGUGAUGUCAGCUCCCAGCUCGGUGCCUGCCCGGAUUCCUGACUUGGUGUAGGGCAGACAGGGUGGGGACUGGCCGGGGAAGGAGUCGUGCGCUGCUGGCCUGCGGCGGGGCCCUGUGGCGGGGCUUUGAACUGGGAGCAACGGUGAACGGAACUUUUGGAAGUAGUGCCGGCGGCUCUCCACCCCCAGUCCUCUGUAGUGAAGAUCCUCCUGUUGCCAGGUCUGGAGGAAAUGGAGUGGACUUCACUGUGAGUCAGGAGCUGUUUCCCAGGCCUCUGACCAAAAGGGCAUUUCCAGCAGUACAGAACUUGUAUGGAUCAGUUUGCUAAGGACGUGCGAGAUUUGAAGAGCUGAAAAAAGUCAGUAUUAAACCUGUUUUUUAAAAAUUACAGAACUUGUAUGGAUCAGUUUGCUAAGGACGUGCGAGAUUUGAAGAGCUGAAAAAAGUCAGUAUUAAACCUGUUUUUUAAAAAUAUCUUCAUCCAAAUUUGCCAUUGACAAAUAAGAAAAUGAUGAGUGAUGCAAGUGACAUGUUGGCUGCGGCACUAGAGCAGAUGGAUGGUAUUAUAGCAGGUUCUAAGGCCCUGGAAUAUUCCAAUGGGAUCUUCGAUUGCCAGUCUCCCACCUCUCCAUUCAUGGGAAGUUUGCGAGCUCUACACCUUGUAGAAGAUCUUCGUGGAUUGUUAGAGAUGAUGGAAACAGAUGAGAAGGAGGGCUUGAGAUGCCAGAUUCCCGAUUCUACAGCAGAAACGCUUAUUGAGUGGCUUCAGAGUCAAGUGACAAAUGGACACUUACCUGGGAAUGGAGAUGUAUAUCAAGAAAGGCUAGCUCGCUUAGAAAAUGAUAAAGAAUCCCUUGUUCUUCAGGUCAGUGUGUUAACAGACCAGGUGGAGGCUCAGGGAGAGAAGAUUCGAGAUUUGGAGUUUUGUCUUGAAGAGCACAGAGAGAAACUGAAUGCCACAGAAGAAAUGCUGCAGCAGGAGCUUCUGAGUAGGACAUCCUUAGAAACUCAGAAGUUGGAUCUAAUCGCUGAAAUAUCCAACUUGAAGUUAAAACUGUCAGCUGUAGAGAAGGACAGACUGGAUUAUGAAGACAGGUUUCAAGACACAGAGGGACUAAUUCAGGAGAUCAAUGAUUUAAGGUUAAAAGUCAGUGAAAUGGAUAGUGAAAGACUUCAAUAUGAAAAAAAGCUUAAGUCAACCAAAUCUUUAAUGGCCAAACUUUCUAGCAUGAAAAUCAAGGUGGGUCAGAUGCAGUAUGAAAAGCAGCGGAUGGAACAAAAAUGGGAGUCACUGAAGGAUGAACUGGCAUCUUUAAAAGAACAACUGGAAGAGAAGGAAUCUGAAGUAAAAAGGCUGCAAGAAAAGUUGGUUUGCAAGAUGAAAGGAGAAGGGGUUGAGAUUCUUGAUAGAGAUGAAACUUUUAAAAAGAAGCUCAAAGAAAAAAAUAUUGAAGUACAAAAGAUGAAAAAGGCUGUGGAAUCUUUAAUGGCAGCAAAUGAUGAAAAGGAUCGAAAAAUAGAAGAUCUCCGACAGUGCCUAAACAGGUAUAAGAAAAUGCAAGACACAGUGGUACUGGCCCAAGGUAAAAAAGGCAAAGAUGGUGAAUAUGAAGAUCUGCUCAAUUCCAGUUCCAUCUCUACUUUGUUGGAUGCACAGGGCUUUAGUGACAUAGAGAAAAGUCCAUCAUCUUCCCCAGUAAUGGGAUCUCCCAGUCGUGACCCAUUCAACACAAGUAUUCCAGAAGAGUUCCACACCAGCAUCUUGCAAGUUUCAGUCCCUUCAUUAUCGGCAGCAACUAUAGGAGUGGAAACUCCUGAAAAAACCAAGUUGCCUCUUAAACCAGAGACUUCAUUUGAAGAGAAUGAAGGAAAAGCAAUCCUUGGUGCUGCUAUUGAAACCCAGUUGUGUGAUGGUCUUUUAACUUCAAGUCUGCAAAAAUCCAGCAGCCUAGGCAGUCUGAAGAAGGAGACAAAAAAUGGGGAAAAGGAGUCUAUUCAGAAGCCUUCAGAGGAUAAAGCUUCAGGAGAAAGUAGCACAUUUGGGAGCCUCCCUCCCAAAGUUCCAGGACGAGAUGCCUCCGUGGAUGACAACCCCUUUGGCACUCGAAAAGCAAGAUCUUCCUUUGGCCGGGGCUUCUUUAAAAUCAAAAGUAACAAAAGGACAGCAAGUGCACCAAACUUGGAUCGUAAACGAAGUGCCAGUGCACCCACCUUAGCUGAAACAGAAAAGGAGACAGUGGAGCACCUAGAUCUGGCUGGGACAUCUUCUCAGCCCAGAGAUUCACAGGGAAACAGUCCUUUCCAGAUAUCUCCACCAUCUCCAGAUUCCAAAAAGAAAUCCAGAGGUAUCAUGAGACUCUUUGGAAAACUUAGGAGAAGUCAAUCGACUACGUUCAACCCAGAUGACAUGGCUGAGCCUGAAUUCAAAAGAGGAGGGACAAGGGCAACUGCAGGCCCCCGAUUGGGUUGGUCUCGAGAUUUGGGACAGUCUAACAGUGAUUUGGAUACACCAUUUGCCAAAUGGACCAAGGAGCAAGUUUGUAAUUGGCUUGCAGAACAAGGCUUGGGAUCCUACCUGAAUUCUGGCAAGCACUGGAUUGCGUCUGGUCAAACACUUUUGCAGGCUUCUCAGCAAGAUCUAGAGAAGGAACUUGGAAUCAAGCAUUCACUUCAUCGAAAGAAACUCCAGCUGGCACUGCAAGCUCUAGGAUCCGAGGAAGAAACCAAUCAUGGGAAGCUGGAUUUCAACUGGGUCACUAGAUGGUUGGAUGAUAUUGGCCUCCCCCAGUAUAAGACCCAGUUUGAUGAAGGACGGGUGGAUGGUCGAAUGCUACAUUACAUGACAGUUGAUGACUUACUGUCUUUGAAGGUUGUGAGUGUGCUGCACCACCUCAGUAUCAAAAGAGCCAUUCAGGUCCUGAGGAUCAAUAACUUUGAACCAAAUUGCCUACGAAGACGACCAUCUGAUGAGAGUAGCAUCACCCCAUCUGAGGUUCAGCAAUGGACCAAUCAUCGAGUGAUGGAGUGGCUGCGCUCUGUGGAUCUGGCAGAAUAUGCUCCCAAUCUCAGAGGCAGUGGUGUCCAUGGUGGGCUCAUGGUUCUAGAACCUCGUUUUAAUGUAGAAACAAUGGCGCAGUUAUUAAAUAUUCCACCAAAUAAGACACUGUUGCGAAGACAUUUGGCCACUCAUUUUAAUCUCCUAAUCGGUGCUGAGGCCCAACAUCAGAAGCGAGAUGCCAUGGAGUUACCAGAUUAUGUACUUUUAACAGCUACUGCCAAAGUGAAGCCAAAGAAACUUACCUUCAGCAAUUUUGGGAAUCUGAGAAAAAAGAAACAGGAAGAUGGAGAAGAAUAUGUUUGUCCAAUGGAAUUGGGACAGGUAUCAGGAAGUGCCACUAAGAAGGGGUUUAAACCUGGUUUGGAUAUGCACCUAUAUGAUGAAGACGACUUAGAUCGGUUAGAGCAGAUGGAAGAUUCGGAAGGGACAGUGAGACAAAUAGGGGCAUUCUCUGAAGGCAUCAACAAUCUCACACACAUGUUGAAGGAAGAUGACAUGUUUAAAGAUUUUGCUGCCCGCUCUCCCAGUGCCAGCAUUACAGACGAAGAUUCAAACGUUUGACCUGGAUGAGCAGUAGGAGCCCUUUGUCUUUUUUCCACUUUAUUUUUUAAAUACUUACAUUGUGUACUAUAAGCAACAGACUGUAUAUUGUUUAUCAUUCCAACUUUUUCUUAUUUAGAAGUGGAAAUGGACAACAGGAGAAUUGUGCCUAUUCAGAAUUUGCCACAAAAAAUGAGACACUGGUGAAUGAGAGUAUAAUUUUUGUUCCUCUAUUUAAUGUAAAAAUCCAUGAUGUAUUGUAUUUAAAGUGUUGCACUUAAGAUGAGUAUUUUAUGUUUCCAUUCACAUCCCAGCAUGGAGGAUUGGGGGAGCAGUAACCAGGGUGUGAAUGACUUUGACACAUCAUUGCUCACUGCAGCCAUCUAAGCAGGACACUCUGUGCUCAGAGGCAGUGUAUGGAAUUUUGUGUGCCCACUGAAUGCCAGCUACACCUCCACUUGCCUCUUAUCUUAUUUUUAUAUAUUUUUCUAAAUAUAUGUAUAUAUAUAUAUAUAUAUAGUACAUAGAAAAUAGAACUUUUAUUUUGUGACAUAAGGAAGAUAAUGGCAAGAUCACAUUGAAAAUAAAAACAAAAUCAGAUAAAAACAAAACAUAGUGAUCUAAAUUUUCAUGUUCCAGAUGGUCCUUAAGAGAUUUUUCUUUCUUCACAGCUGAACUUUUUAACAAAGUUUAUCUUUCAGGCUAAAUUAACAUACAUGAAAUAGCCUUUUUUAAUGGCACCACAGAAUUGUAGAGCAAUCUAUUUUGAUUUUAAUCUUGGAUCCAUUUACCUUACAAGGAAGAACUCAAGGGACAUUAAUAUACCAUUAACUUGAAUAUAUUCAUAAACAUUCACACAGACCCCUCUCAAAAUUGGUAGAGGUAAUUUCUAAAGAAAUCAAAAAUAAAACAAAAACUUUAUAGUGUUUUUUAUUUUCUUCUUUGUUACAUACAUCAUUACAUCAAAGUACUAACAGUCUACCUAGAUAAUGGUAUGUUUCUCAGGCCAUCAAUAAAUGGAGCUUCAUUUCAUUUCAAUCAGAUUCAAAAAUUCUGAGGCUGCAAAACUAAUUAUAUAAUGGCUAUUUCCUUACAUAAAAUGUAGUUCCUGUUUUUCUAUAACACAAAACUCAAAUUUUCUUUAUUUAAAAAAAAUAGUUGCAGCAAAAACUGUACUAUUCGUGUUUUUUAUGGGGUAUUAGAAAAAAAUCUAUUUUUCAUUCAGUGCUACAUAUGCUUAUGAUGGUCAACUGUGGAAAGGAUGGGUGUUCACAAGAUGGAAUGAGGUGGGCAGUUCAGUCAAUGUGAGUGAACUUGUUUAUAAACUCUAUUUGAAUAUCAGUGGUGUUAUAUUUUAUAUUGUCAGCAAGUUACCAAGCUAUUCAUCAAGGAACUUAUAACAUAGAUUACUAUUUAUUCAUAAAUGAAAGGAUUUGAUGCUAUGGGAUUUCCUUUGAACUUUUUAUCAUUCAUUACUUGGUAACUAUAUUGGACUCUUCCUGUAUUUGGAUUUUAUUUUAAUAUGAAUAUAUGUCACCAUUUGAAAAACUCUAUUUGUUAUUAGAAACUGGUUGAAAAUACCAGAAGACUGUUAAAAAAUGCCAAAUUUUCUUUAUUAGAACAAUAUAACAUAAUAUUUGAUAAGAUUAAAAUUUUUUCAAUGAUAUAUUUUAUUUGCAAAAUAUUAUACACAAUACUUAAUUGCCUAAUGCCUUUAUUAUCAUUGUUUAAUUUUUACCUGGUUCAAAAUAACAGAUGGGCUUGGUUUCUGGUAUCGAAAAUAGUAACAAACUCUUUCUCAUUGGUAAACAUCCAUAAAUUUGUUUAAGUGGA